AUGGACCCCGGACCUGUUUCCAAGGUCUACGCCAACCAAGUAGGCGGCCACCCAGGCGUCGCUACGACCGAGGACGGCUCUCUGCUCAUUAAACCCUCUCUCCCCCGUGAAGUCGCCUUCUACCAAGCACUCGCGACCGAUGCACGCUGCGCUAAUUUGCGGGACUUCGUCCCCGAAUUUUACGGUACCCUGAAGCUAGAGGGCAGGGUGGCGAAUGAAGGUGGUGGGCUCAUGAACGCCAUCACGCCAGUGGAGGAGUCCAUUGUGCUCGAGAAUCUCGCGUAUACGUUCUUGAAGCCAAACAUCCUCGACAUCAAACUAGGCACUGUGCUGUUUGACGAGGACGCCACCCCGGAGAAACGAGCACGGAUGGAGAAGGUCGCUGAAGAGACGACCUCCAAGGAAACCGGGAUGCGUCUCACAGGAUUCCAAGUUUAUGAUCUCGCCGCAGACAAGCCGGUGAUAACCACCAAGGCUUAUGGCAAGUCUAUCAAGCCAGCCGAUCUCCCAGACGGCAUUGCACGAUUCUUCCCGCUAGCAGCACCCCCGUCGCCACCCAACGAGUCCGCGCAACUGACACCCAGCGCGGGUGCAGCACAUGGGACUGGGCUACCACCCGAGUUAUUGCAAACGAUCCUUGCCGGCAUAUUGUCUGAAGUCGAGGAUAUCUACGGCACCAUGGAAGACAUCGAGCUGCGGAUGGUCGGCGGGAGCCUGCUGCUGGUCUACGAGGCUGACUGGGACCGCGCGCGAGAAGGGCUCCGACUGUUGCGCGAGGCAGAGCAGCGUGCGGAACGUGAGGUCGAACAAGGGCAGGAGCAGGACGAAGAUGAGGACGAGGAUGGGGAAGAAGAUGACGAUGAGAAUGCUGUGGGCCCGCCGUUCGUGGUGAAGCUCAUUGACUUUGCACAUGCCAAGUUGGUACCAGGUCGCGGGCCGGACGAGGGAGUUCUGCAUGGCCUACGGACGGUGAUCGACUUGUUGAAGGGUAGGAUGGCGCAGGUGGAGGCAGUAUCUGUAACCACGCUUACCUCGACGUGA